AUGGCACAAGUCGUAAUGGGUGGUCAGUCUCCCCUCACCACUCCCAUUCCCACCACCCCCCUACCAUCCACUAACAACCCCCCAGUAACCCAAGGCGCCCAAGCCGCCACCCAAACCGUCGUCGGCAUCGCGGACGCCGCCGCGCACAUCGCACAAAUCGUGCGCGAACAAGCAGCAAUAAACAAAGAAGCGAUGCGGAACGAAGACAACGAAUUCAACAUCCGCAAGAACUUCCUGGACAACGCGGUGAACGCGAUCAAAGAAGCCACCUACAGCCAAUACAACAUCGUCAUCUGCACAGACCAAGAGCACGACGAUUUCCAAUCUCUAACCGGCCAAAUCUUACCCAUGGAUCUCCUCAACCUCGAAGUCGCGCCGGGCAAGAAUGUGAAUUUUCAGGUGUACGUGUUUGAUACGGGGAAGUAUCUGAGGCAUGGGAAAUGGGAGCGCGAUUUCUGGUGGUGGUGGGGCGAGAGUAAGCAGUGGACGGAUCCGGCGGCUAUGCAUGUGCAUUUUGAGAAGGCGCAGACGAAGUUGGAUGCGAGCGCUAUUAAGGCGCAGAUGGAUAAGAAGGCGCUGGAGGAUAAGACCGCGGCGGAUGCGAAGGCCGCGGAGGUGAAGAGUCAGCAGGAUGCGGAGGCGAAGAAGAAGUUUGAUGCUCAGCAGCAGGGGCAGGGGCAGCAAGGUGUUGGGGUUGGGGGUGGAGCGGGUGGGGUAGGGAAUCCGAGUCCUGCUCAGGGUGGGUAUGGUCAACAGCAAGGGCAACAACAGCAGCAGCAGCAGACAGAUCCGUACGCGAGCCAGGGCUAUCCGGCCGCUCAGCAGGAUCCGUAUGCGGCGAGUGGGUAUGGUGGGGGAGCGCAGGGUGAUGCGUACGGAAAUACGAACGGGGGUGGAGGAGCGCAGCAAGCAGGGGGCUAUCAAGGAAGUGCUGGCGGUCCAGCGCCUACGUUCACUGAUCAUAUGAUGGGCUUUGCAGGGAUGCUUCACCUAUUCCUCAUCACCGUAAUCGUGCCUCACGCCAUCCCUACAUCACCUGGCACUCGCGAUGAAAGCCUCAACGCCACAGCGCAAAACGAGAUGUCCCACUGGCUCAGCACCAUAACCUCCGGCCUCGAGCGCACCUACACCGACAUCCCCUUCGAACACCCCCACCUCACGCAAUUCGAAUCCGGCCACCUCGCCACCCCGGCCCACAUCCACGCCGAAAUUUCCAAUCCCACCUCCGCCCGCCUGCACUUCGCCGUCUCCUCCGCCUACUAUACCAACGCAUCCAUCAAUCUCUCCACUUACCAGGGCAGAGUCUUCUGGUCGAUGCUGAUGUACUACACGCUCAACCCCACCAUGGCUGAGGCUCAGGGGUUGGGAGGUUUGUUGCCCUUGCCCUGGCCUCCGCCCUUGGGGAUUGAGGAGGCGUUGGAUGUGUUGAGGGAUAGAGGGUUCGAGGCCACGUUUACGCGGUAUACGCUGAAUUGGAGGGGGAGGAGGUGGAGGGUGUUUGGGAGGGUGGAGCAGCCGUACUGGAGUUUUUUGUGGGAGCAGAGGGGGAGGGUGGUGAGGUAUGUGAUUGUUGGUAUGGAUGGGAGCUCUUUUGCGGGGGUGAUUGCGGAGGCCGAGUCAGCGAGUGAUGUGCUAGAGGGUAGGGCGGGUGUGAUCUCUGAGGGACCGGCUUGGAGGGCAACCAAGUGGUUCGGCCGUGGAUGA